AUGAAGGUUUUGUCAGCCUCUCCCCUUCUUGUUUUGUCAGCUAAGGUUUCUCAUUUGGCGUCUGCUGUUACGAAAACAUAUCUUUUACUCUGGGCUAAGGUUAUCUUUGGAUUGAAUGCUCUUGCUGGAAGAACAUUACAAUCUGGUUCUACAGUUGGACCAUGGAACUCUUCCAAUGCUGAAUCUUUUAUCUGUUAUACUGUAAGAAAAAAUUACAGCAUUGCUGGUUGGGAAUUUGGUUACCUAAUUGAAAGAAUUCUUGAUCCAUCAUAUCUUGAUGGAGUGGCUAGCACAUUCAGUGGCCUCAAAAACAUACUUCAAAAAUCAGCAACCAAAGCAAAAGCAUGGGUUGGUGAGGCAGGAGGGGCUUACAACAAUGGCCACCAUCUUGUGUCUGAUGCAUUUGUCUACAGCUUCUGGUAUUUGGAUCAGCUUGGAAUGUCAACUGUUUAUGACACCAGAACAUACUGCAGACAGAGUUUGGUUGGAGGAAACUAUGGAUUACUAAACACUUCUACUUUUGUGCCAAAUCCAGAUUAUUAUAGGUACCAAAUAUUAAAUUUCAUAGUUGAAGGAUGUGCAGCAUGUUAUUGUGGACUAUCUCAUUUUAGCUUUCAAGUGUCAUUAUUACAGAAAAAUAUAUUGUGUGCUCAUUUUACAAACUCGCACAUACCUUUCUACCAUUGGUUGAGGGUGUAGACUUAUCAUAUGCAGAUCACACAUUCUAUCCAAUGGUGAAAAGAUG